CCAAGAAGAUGGGAGGUCAAGGUCGAUUUUUGAAUGAUGGGGGAAUUAAAGGCUCGUCAGAGGCGACGAGGAUGUUUCUUCUUACUGCCUGCUUGGUGGGGAUACAAUUCACUUGGAGCAUUGAGAUGACCUAUUGCACUCCGUACCUCCUCGAGUUAGGACUCACGAAAUCCCGCGUUUCCCUAGUAUGGCUCGCCGGUCCCCUUUCCGGUCUCAUCAUGCAGCCCCUCGUGGGAGCUCUUGCCGAUCGAUCGCGUUCACCCUGGGGUCGUCGCAGACCCUUCAUGAUUGGCGGCACCGUCAUUGUGAUCUUCUCGUUGAUCCUCCUUGGGUGGACGCGGCAGAUCAUGUCGGUUGUCGUCUUCGAUUCGGCGAUGGAGAAGGACGUCACGAUCGCGGCGGCCGUCCUGGCGAUUUACGGAAUCGAUUUCGCGAUCAAUGCGGUCCAGGCGAGCUCGAGGAGUUUGAUCGUGGACACGUUACCGGCGUCGAAGCAGCAGAUGGGAAGUGCGUGGGCGAGUCGGAUGGUUGCCGUUGGGCAUCUAUUGGGAUACGCGAUUGGGUCUCUGGACCUGGCGAAGGUGUUUGGUACCGUCCUUGGCGACUCUCAAUUCAAGCAGAUGGUGAUGGUAUCGGCGAUGAUGCUGCUCGGCUCCGUGGGAUUGACUUGCUGGGGCGUCACAGAAAAGCCGCUACUUGCGAACGGUAGUUCGGACGACGAUGGCAUGGGCGCUAUCGAGAUGGUGACGCACAUCCUCAAAACUAUGCGACACCUACCACCCCGAAUCGCGGUAAUUUGCUGGGUCCAGUUCUGGAGUUGGAUCGGGUGGUUCCCGUUCCUGUUCUACACGUCCACCUGGCUGGGUGAGAUCUGGCUCCGAUACAAUGUCCGCGACGACGUUCGCGAGCAUCCCGACACGCUCGGCGAGAUCGGCCGGGUAGGGAGUUUGACGUUGGUGGCAUUUUCGACGGUCACUUUCGUGUCGAGUGUGGCGCUCCCUUGGCUCGUCCGAUCGCCUGAUUCGGACGAGUCGGGAUACACGCCUCGACCCCCGGUGCAAUUGGAGAAGGUGGCUCGGAUGUUCGAGUCAAGACGACCGGAUCUGCUUGGGGUAUGGGCUACUUCUCACCUUAUGUUCGCGGUGGCGAUGUGUAUGGCUCCGUUCAUCACUUCGCUAGGGAUGGCGACCGUGAUAGUUGGAGUCUGCGGAGUUCCAUGGGCACUACAAUGCUGGGCUCCCUUUACCUUCAUGGGAAUCGAGAUCAACCGGAUGAGCAAGCUCGAAAACGAGAAAGACUCCUUCCGAGACAAGAACGAUCCCGAAUCCACCGGAAUUCCAUCUCGAUCGACCGUCGAUGCCGGCGAAAAUGGUCCCGGGGAGCUGACGGGUGUCUACCUUGGGAUCCUCAACAUCUUCACCACCCUGCCCCAGUUUCUUGGCACGUUUUUGUCGUGGAUCGUGUUUUCCAUUCUCGAACCCGGCAAAAGUCCCGAGCUAGACAAACAGGCGGGUCCCGAUGAGCAGAAUUCCACGGAUGGGCCGAACGCCAUUGCGGUUUGUCUCUUUAUCGGGGGGUUGGCCGCAUUUGGGGCGGCGCACAUGACUCGUCGGUUGCGGCGGGUGGACUAACACUGUUGCACAACAGGCUGGGAACGAUGCCAUGGGAUAGAUGGGAAUUGGUACUUGGUAUGGUGGGGUGUACGGAGUACUAUAAUAGAGAAUAGAAAUUACGAGACUGAUGGAUAUUGUACUGAUGUCGACGCCAUUGUCAUCGUGUGACAGCAUUGUAGGGAGGCUCAUUAGGGGUGAGCGAUUUUGAGAGCGAGUCCACCGGUCUACCAUACCCAACUAAAUAGAGUAGAAUGUUCGGUACUUUCUUUAACGUUAGAUGCCAUGGGUUAAUAAAGGUGUUCUGAAUUCCCAAAGAAAGUAAGAGACAGAGAG